GAAACAGCCGGCAAGGUGAUACCCAAAGGUGCCAUAUCAUCAAAAUCCACGGCAUCAACUAAUCAUCAAAACCCAAAUGUUCUAUCAUCAAAGUACUAUGUUGUCAAUAAAAGGGUACCUAUUUAACCGAAUCAUUUGAGUGGUUAAUCCCAAACCUGCCAACAGCUUCGUAUGUCACUUGUCCACCUCAUAUUGCCUUGCGACAUUUCUCUUAGUCUUUUGUGGAAAGUUGAGUUUUGAUCCAAAUUCAAAUUCAGAAAUGAUUCCUGCGUCCUAUAACUCUGUUUCUGUUCAUCUUGGCGGUGUUGCGUGUGACCCACAACACCCAAUUGCGUUGGAUCACAUUCUGAACAGGUCUUGUUCUUCUGCCUCUUUGUCUUGGAACUGUGGGAGCCUCACUAGGAAGAAAAGCAAGAGGAGGAACUCUAUUACUAUGGCUUCAAAUUUGAGGACCAACAAUUUUCUGCGCCACGUGGAAUCCAUGAAGCUUCUGCCAUCUGGUGCUGGCCACAUUUCACAGUUGAACGCUGUGAUACUUGGAGAAUCUCUCGCCACUGAAGAGGAUGAUUUCGUUCUUCCAAGUCAGGAUUUUGCUACCCAAGCAAAUGUUCAGUCCCCUGAACAGUAUCUGGAGAUGUACAAUAGAUCGAUUGAGGACCCUGCUGGAUUUUGGUCUGAUAUUGCAUCAGAGUUCUAUUGGAAACAGAGAUGGGGGGAUAAAGUGUGUGAUGAAAAUUUUGAUGUUAGAAAAGGAAAAAUCAAGAUUGAGUGGUUCAAGGGUGGCAUCACCAACAUCUGUUAUAAUUGCUUGGAUAGAAAUGUUGAAGCUGGACUUGGUGACAAAGUUGCCAUUUACUGGGAAGGCAAUGAGCCUGGUAUGGAUGGUACUUUAACAUACACUCAGCUUCUCCAUAAAGUUUGCCAGCUUGCAAACUACCUGAAAGAUGCUGGUGUGAAGAAAGGAGAUGCUGUAGUUAUUUAUUUGCCCAUGCUUAUGGAGCUUCCCGUUGCAAUGCUUGCCUGUGCUCGCAUUGGUGCUGUUCAUUCGGUUGUAUUUGCCGGUUUUUCUGCAGAAUCUCUUGCCCAGAGAAUAAUUGAUUGUAAACCAAAAGUUGUAAUUACCUGCAAUGCUGUUAAAAGAGGCUCCAAGCCUAUCUAUCUGAAAGAUAUAGUUGACGCUGCCAUCAAUGAUUCAGCCCAAAAUGGGGUCUCUACAGAUGUAUGCCUAGUUUAUGAAAACCCAUUGGCAAUGAAGAGGGUAGAUACCAAAUGGAAGGAGGGGCGAGAUAUAUGGUGGCAGGACACCAUUCCUCAAUAUCCAACUACUUGUCCAGUGGAGUGGGUUGACGCAGAGGAUCCACUUUUUCUACUCUAUACAAGUGGGAGUACAGGAAAACCUAAGGGUGUCCUCCAUACAACUGGUGGUUACAUGGUGUACACUGCAACAACAUUCAAGUAUGCAUUUGACUACAAGCCGUCUGACAUCUACUGGUGUACAGCUGAUUGUGGUUGGAUUACUGGGCACAGCUAUGUCACUUAUGGACCCAUGCUCAAUGGUGCAAGUGUCGUUGUGUUUGAAGGGGCUCCCAAUUAUCCUGAUGCUGGGCGAAGUUGGGAUAUUGUUGACAAAUAUAAAGUGACAAUAUUCUACACUGCCCCCACACUAGUAAGGUCCCUCAUGCGUGAUGGUGAUGCGUAUGUUACUCGCUACUCAAGGAAAUCUUUACGAGUGCUGGGAAGUGUAGGAGAGCCCAUAAAUCCUAGUGCAUGGAGGUGGUUUUACAAUGUAGUUGGAGAUUCAAGGUGCCCUAUCUCAGACACCUGGUGGCAAACAGAAACUGGUGGCUUCAUGAUAACUCCACUACCAGGUGCUUGGCCCCAGAAGCCCGGUUCUGCAACUUUCCCUUUCUUUGGAGUUCAGCCUGUCAUAGUGGAUGAGAAAGGUGUUGAAAUAGAAGGUGAGUGCAGUGGGUAUUUGUGUGUUAAGAAAUCAUGGCCAGGGGCAUUCAGAACUCUAUAUGGUGAUCAUGAGAGAUAUGAAACAACAUAUUUCAAGCCAUUUGCUGGAUACUAUUUCAGUGGUGAUGGUUGCAGCAGGGAUAAAGAUGGAUAUCAUUGGCUCACUGGAAGAGUUGAUGAUGUCAUCAAUGUCAGUGGGCAUCGAAUUGGCACAGCAGAAGUGGAAUCAGCUCUAGUUUCACAUCCUCAGUGUGCAGAGGCUGCUGUGGUUGGUGUGGAACAUGAGGUCAAAGGACAGGGAAUCUACGCAUUUGUUACCAUUGUAGAUGGUGUUCCUUACAGUGAAGAACUGCGGAAGAACCUCAUACUCACAGUUCGAAAGCAGAUAGGAGCCUUUGCAGCACCUGACAAAAUCCAUUGGGCACCUGGCCUUCCAAAAACAAGGAGUGGAAAGAUAAUGAGAAGAAUUCUGAGAAAAAUAGCUUCGAGGCAGCUGGAUGAACUUGGAGAUACAAGUACCCUUGCAGAUCCAAAUGUGGUCAAUCAACUUAUAGAACUUGCUGAUUCUUGAAGCCCCAAACUUUGUAUCCUUAAACGGCAUAUUAUUAGCCAGUGAGAAGUUAGAGGACAAUUUUUGCCUUGUCUGUAGUUUUCUUUUCUUUUCUUUUCUCGGAAUGGUGCAUGUGAUAAAUAAUAAAUAAGUCAUCCAUAUCUUUUCUUAAUAUUCUCUAUUU